AUGAUUAACCCGAUGAUUUUAUUAUUCAGAGAAUGUGUAAAAAAUAGAUUGAUAAUUCCUGGAAAAGAGAAACAAACAUACUGUGAUGUGGGUGGAUGUGAACAAAGUCAAGAAUGUUAUGAAUUUAAAAUUCCUAAUGAUUAUCUAUCUGCAUGCUAUCAACAAAAAUCUAAUAAAAAUGUUCUGGCUUUUCCUGAAGGGAAAGGAAUAGCUCCAAAUGAAUUAGUACUAUUUGUGAAAAAUGUAUAUUUUGGUGUCUGUGAUGAAUAUGUAGUUGCAUGGGCUUCAUUUUGUGACAGAGAUCCAACCAAUGGAAGGCCAUUUGUGGGUAUUGUGAACUUUUGCCCAUCAGUGGACGAUAUUCUCAAAACGGAAGAUUAUGAUCUAAUUUUAACAGCCAAACAUGAAUUAGGUCAUGUGUUGGGAUUCCAUGGUGAUAUCUUUUCUUCCUUACCGCGUUUAAAACCUGAAUUUCGAUUAUCCAAUAAUGAGAAACAAGAUAUUCAGCCGUUCUGUGAUACUCCAUGGGAAAAAAGAUGUGUAAAUUAUGACAGGGCAAUAGGUCGAUGUUCACUGUUUGAUUCGGAAACUGAGCUGCCGUUGCACUUUCAGUAUGCCGAUAAUUCUUUUAAUGUACCUCGUGAUAAACAAACGUAUUAUUCAGGUCCCGAUAUAUAUGAUUACUGUCCUGUCUAUGAAGAGGCGUUGAGGUACAAACAGUACAUUACUGAACGUAUUAAACUAAUUAAACAGGACGAGUUUGAUUUAAAUGGGUUGGGACUACAUUAUUCUUUUAAACUCGCACAUGUACAUUAUGAACAUCUCUGGUUUAUGGCAUUUUAUAUCUUUAAGUUUUUAAUGAUAUCGGAUAACUUCUAUAAUGGAUUUGAAUAG